AUGCGCUGUGCCGGCGUAACCGUCUACUUAGCCCUGAAGCACAGCAACGCCCGCCCGUGCCAGUGGGUAGUCAUCUCCAGCGCCGGCGCCGGCCUAGGCCACUUCGCAACACAACUCGCCAGCAAAGCCAUGGGCCUGCGCGUAAUCGGAAUUGACCACGGCAGCGAAGCUGAGCUCACGAAAGCUUCCGGCGCUGAACAUUUCGUCGACAUUACACAGUUCCCCUCCGAUGAUAAGGGCGAGACUUUGACUAAGCAUGUCCAUGAACUGGCAGAUGGGCUCUCGUUGCCCAUGCUGCGGUGGUCUGUACAGCUGCGAAUGCAGCGUACGCGCAGGCGUUACCGUUGUUGA